CUGAAGUGGAGGCUUUGAGUCAGUUAUGUAGACUUUCCUCAGUGAAAUAAAAACUCUAAUGGAUCUGCCCUGGUUUAAUUGUGGUUUAACGUUGUCUAAAGCUUUUCUGAAAUGGGUUUGGCCCCCAGCUGCCAAGUGAAAACUUGUACCCACACCGGCCCUUUGUGAACAAGAUUGGACACCCCCUCUCUAAAAGGCUGAGGCGGACUCUUGUGAAUAGCUGCUGCUCUUUUGCAGCUAUGGACGUUUUGGUAUGACUUUGUACCUUCUCUCCAGUAAGCUCACCAUGCUGAGCGAUGCCUCCAACGUGAUGUACAUGCUGCUGGAGCUACUGAUCGCCUUGCUGUCCAUCCUGGGCAAUGUGCUGGUGUGCUGGGCAGUGGGUCUUAACACCAACCUCCAGAGCAUCACCAAUUUCUUUGUAGUCUCCCUGGCUAUUGCAGAUAUCACUGUAGGUGUUUUGGCAAUCCCUUUCUCCGUCGUGAUCAGCACAGGUUUCUGUGCCAAUUUCUACGGUUGCCUGUUUAUUGCCUGUUUUGUGUUAGUGCUGACACAAAGCUCCAUUUUCAGCCUCCUGGCAAUAGCCAUUGACCGCUACAUAGCCAUCAAGAUCCCACUUAGGUAUAAUAGCUUAGUGACUGGGCAGCGUGCCAAAGCCAUCAUUGCGGUCUGCUGGGUUCUGUCUGUGAUAAUUGGGCUGACACCUAUGCUGGGCUGGCACAAGGGCCAUAGAAUGGAGCUUUUUAACAGUAGCUGCCCUCCAGGCAUGAUAGAGUGUCUGUUUGAGGAGGUGGUGAUCAUGGAUUACAUGGUCUACUUUAACUUCUUCGCUUGUGUCUUAGUGCCCCUGCUCCUCAUGCUGGCCAUCUACCUGCGCAUCUUUAUGGCUGCACGCCACCAGCUCAAGUGUAUUGAGCUGAAAGCCAUGCCAUGUGAGCUGAAGUCACGGUCCACCCUACAAAAGGAGGUCCAGGCAGCCAAGUCGCUGGCCAUCAUUGUUGGACUGUUUGCGGUCUGCUGGCUGCCACUGCAUAUUAUUAAUUGCUUCACUCUGUUUUGUCCACAGUGUGAACGGCCAGCUGUGUGGAUUAUGUACCUGGCUAUUAUACUCUCUCAUGCUAAUUCAGUGGUGAACCCAUUCAUUUAUGCUUACCGCAUCCGGGAGUUCCGGCAUACUUUCCGAAAGAUUGUGUACUAUCACAUCUUAGGUCGACAGGAUCCUUUAUUGAGCAGUGGAAGCAGUCAGGCCUCAGCCCGGACCAGUAUGACAGACUCGUUUAGUGUGAAGAUCAAUAGUCUGGUGCUGGACCUGUACGCUGAAGGUGGCAGUACAGCUAGCAGCUGUUAAAACAUGAAAUGGCAAUAUUCCCAGCAUACCUCAGCCAGGGACGAUAAGAAAUAAUCCACUAAGGCUUCCAGAGUGUAAAGCACACUAUGUAACGCAUAGUGUGGACGCAUACGCAGAGAUAAGCGACAUUUAUUAAGGGCAAAUCCAUCAUCAGGGUCAAAAUGGUCCAGGGUCAGAGAGCCAACAUGGAGAGAUCAUGGAACAGACAUGACAAAAGGAAAAUGGAAAAAACACAACAGAGGCCGGAACAAAGACACUAAACAAUACAAUACCAACAAUACCAUACACUUCAAACAGCACGAUCCAAACAAGACCAGCCACAAACCAGGACAAACACAGGUCUUAAAUACAACAGGGAUAACGAGGGAUUACAGGACACAGGUGGAAAACAGGUGGUUACAAUCAGGGGCAGGGUCUGAAAACAAGGGGGCAGGACCGGGAAGAAACAAAACAAAAGUACAUGGACAGGACUAAAACCAAAACAAAAGCACAUGGAUGACUGGGAGAGGCCAAUCAUGACACAGAGUCACCCUUGGCGCCAGACAUAGUUGUACAACACAAGCAUGGACCUGCAGUGCUGGAGGAAAGAAGUGGGAAAUACAUGAUAUGUGUCGUUCGUGACAAAUCUGCACUUUACCAAUGUACCACUCACUUUGAGGUUGUAAUGAUCAUUUCUUUUGCCACAAACUAUUGAUGAAGAUUUUGAUGUGCAUUUUAUUCUUGAACGUGAACAGUGACUGUGAUGUUGUGAUCAAACAAGUUCAUAUUUAUAUAAAAACUUUAUAAAGUCUUUUAGAGACUGCCAUGACUGUGAACUUCAUCUGAAUGUCCAAAUGUAAACAAAAAAGGAUGCAGUAGAAAGUGAAAUCAUCUUAAAUCUAGUAAAUAAGAUGCUUUAACAGUAACAAAAUACACUACAAGAAACAAAUAUCAACAACAAUUCACAACACAUGCACGCACUCAGUUUUCCAGCUAGCAAGGAAAAAAAUACCCAGGCUGUUGUGUGAAGACACUCAGCUGACCCAAAGCGAGUCCUGCAGGGAAGAUCCCUAUCAGCCCAGGAUCCCUCUCAGUUGUUCAGAUGGCUGAUCUGAGAAGCCAUUUCACUAUUCAGUCUCACUCUACUAUUUAAUUUGUUAUGCAAUUCUUUAACCUAAGAAUAGCUCAACCAGUUUGCUUUGAGGUCCUUGGAGUUACUGAAUAAUAAGCUGUAGUAUGUAAUAAACCUGGAGUUUUAAGGGGUUUGGAAUUAUUUUUGUGCUAACAUAUCCAGCCCCUUCUGAUGAACGCCCCUGAUCUAUUUGCUUUUUACUUUUUCAUUUUAUCAAGUGAAAUUGUUUCAUUUUGUUUGUUUUAAGGCAUUAGGCAGACCAAUUUCAAGUAAUGCCCUGCUAAUAAAAUAAGACAAUUUAACUACAUUACUUUUACAUCUGCAAAUAAAUGAAAUGAUCUGAUUGUUCUCAACAAUCUCAAAAUAAGAAAUAUAUGAUGUAUUAACUACACUUAAAAUUUCAAAAAUUACAAUUAAAAUUUCACUUGCACAUUUAUUUAUGCAUACAUUAUGGUAAGUACCACUAUAACGACUGUACAUGCUUGUACUGUUGACUAUUGUGAAGAGUUCUAAAGCACAUCUGUUCAGUGCCAUUUUGUCAGAUGUGAUGUGAAAUGAUGCAAAGUUGCAACACGAAACACAACAAGUGCUUUGAACUGAUGUAAUUGCCAAUGUUUUUAUACUAGUUGUUUGAUUUGAUUGACUUAAGACAGUUAUCAUUGUCUCUACUGUUUUAU